AUGGCGCCACUCGAAUUUCUGGGCGAGGUUCAUGGGUACAAAUAUGACGAGUCUGCCGAUGACGGAAGUUGGCUGUCACCUCUGUGUUUGUACUUCGUUCUUUCUGUGGAUCCUUCGGGUCGAUUUGAGACUCGUAAAGCUUUUACACAGGAGAUCGACAAAAACUAUAACAUAGAUAUUUCCUGCAAGCCCCUAAGGGCCGCGCGCUCUCUGCUGGGUCGUGGGCCGAAUCCAAAUACGGAGGGGUUCAAGUAUAACCCCGCACUUCAGGCGGCGGCAGGUCGCGAGAGUGUAGAGCGGUGCAAAUACUUCUGGGUGGAGGUGCUCAGACUGAUGCCCAAGGAGGUUACUAUGGUACCGAGUGCUCUUACCGGAGCCACUAGGUACGGAAACCUCGUGAUAGUGAAUUGGUUUAUCAAUGCUAAGUAA